AUGACCGUACGCGGUAUUGGACCUUCGGGCUUGCACCUGAAGCACGCAGACAACAAGAAAGAUGGAGAUGUUGGUCCACAGAUGAUACGGCUCAACCUUUUGCACAAAAAGACAGAAGAACUGCUACAGCAAUUACGCGAUGGAAAGAAAGUCACCUUUCAAACAGGCAAACAGCCUGCCGUUCACUAUGGCAAGGACAAGCUCGUUCUCGACACCCCGUCGGAGACGUUCCCGGCCGACAUGUACACUCGAGCAGACGGCGCAGAGAAGAACUUGUACUUCUCUGGGAAGUUCAGCCUGCACCUGGAAAUGGUACACGCUCAGGAAGCAACAGCAAAAGUCGAUGCUGCAUUGGCCAAUUUACAAAACUCCCUCUCGUCAAUCAAAGAAAGUCGAAAUGAAACAACAAUGCUAGCUAUCAAGCCCAGCAGGAACGGCCAGCUCAAGCCCAUGCAGGCUCGCAAAGAUCAGCUACUCGGCAGCAGUCUCUCAAGACCCUCAAGCCCUUUCCUAGGCGCUCUCAACGCUGGUCCGACAUCUGUGCCGCAGCUUGGUAGCAGCAGUACCAAAGAUAAGGUACGAAGGGAAGCAAUGAAGAUCCCAGUCAUACAUCUGCUAGCCAGCAAACCAAUGUCGCCGACUACACUCGCCGAGAAGAUACGAGCUCCGCUGCAAGAGUGUGAGGGAUUGCUCAACAAGAUUGCACGCGACUCCGCAUCAGCGCCUGGCAAGAAGGAAUUGAAGGACAAGGGCUACCGAGAACUGGACGUGUGGCGUUUCCCAUAUGCUCAACAAUCAGACCGUGACGCUGCUGUCGAGCAUGCCAUUCAUGCUCUCGAUCGUAUGCGAGUCGACAGGACGGACAACUUGUGGCAGAUGUUGCUGAAGCCAGAGGACCGAGGGAAAGGCAGAUGCUUAUCACGACUGAAUUUUGACCGGCCUGCAGUGCCGCCGAAAGCAGUCGAGAGUGGUGUUGCCAAGAACGAGUUCUCUGAUGCUGAAGCAAAUCCACGCGCGAAGAAGACCGCGACGAGUGGGAAACCUUCUGAAAAGAAAACGUCCCUGAAAGAGCCAGCUGUCAAGUCUCGUGCCGUCAGUCCUGCUCCCGUCAAGAAGAGAGAUGUCGCGCCCAAGUCGACGGCUCCCGAGAGCAAGUUCAAGUCUGCCGAGCGGAUCGAAGAUUCAGAUGAGGAGGCAGGUCCGAUCGUGGUCAUGCCUAAGAAGGCUCCGACGAAGGUCAAGGAUCAUCUCAGCGUCACGAAACCCUCACCUUCUCAUAGUCGACAAGCUUCUCCAGCACCCAAGAAGCCAAUACAUAAACCAAGCACAUCCAGUUCCUCGAGUGAUAACAGCGACAACUCUGAGAAGAAGUCAAGCUUGAAGCCACCAGCCAAGGAGGGCGACUCAUUGACGAGGUCGAAGUCACCACGACCUCGACACGGCAGUUCACCACAGAAGCCUUCUCCGUUAGGAUCGUCACCGCCCGCCAACUCAACUGACUUCGACAGUUCAAGCUCUACCACCACAAAAGGGACCAGUCAAUCCUCUGUUCCAUCGUCACCUGACUCUGACAUGCCUCUCUCGAAACAGGUGCAGAAUCAGAAGUACUCCCCAGUUGUUCGCGGCAGAGAAGCACCUCAGGCAGGAGCGACAAAGCGAAAGCACACGGACACCGCCGAAGCACCGCCCGCCAAACGCCACCAGGUAAACGGCGUCCACACACCUAAAAUCACACACGCAACCACGAACAAGCCCUCGUUCGAAAGGUCGCACCAAAUUCAGCGCACGAUGUCCGAGUCCGAGCGCUCCUCUUCCCCUGAAAAGCCCGACAAGCUCCGCGACGAACUCGUCCUGAAAGGCAAACGCUUCAAUGCAUACUACAAAAAGUACCGGGAUCUGCAUGAUCGACUCGCCGGUAUCCCACCGAAGGACCGAGACGCGAAGGACACUGAUAAUCUAUGGAUAAUGCAUAGGCGGCUGGAAGAUAUGAAAACGGAAAUCUGGAGUGGAUGGGAGGGCAUGGAGAAUGGUACGUGA